UCAAGCCAUGGAAAGAAGAGAAAGAGUAAUGUGGCUUUCCAUCAUAAUUGAAUAUCUUCCAUGAAUGGAGCUUUACCCUUCUUCAUGCAACGACAAGAAAUUUGUAAUGCUUAACAUCUCAACUGUCUUCAAGUGAUUGAUAAAACACAGUAAUGCUUAGGUUGGAGUUUCAAAUUUCCAUCUGGGUAUAUCAUUCAGUUUUUUUAAACAGGAAGGGACAUGUAGAUUACUCUCCAUGGUGUCUGACUUUUUUAAGAGCCUGAUCUUACCUUUUCUCCAUAAGCUUUGUAAAGGAAUGUUUACAAAGAAAUUGGGAAAUACUACAAAAAAGAAAGAAAAUUGCCCUAGCAAAAAACAGCAAGACGCUCCUCUGUCUGGCCAGACAAAACCCCCUAAAUUUUCUACCACUUUGAAAAGCACCGUUAAAAACAUUGCCAAGUGUUCAUCUGCUCGCAACUUGUCCACAGAAGACGAAGUCAAUAGAGAAUAUUCCCUCUCUCCCACGUUCAGUUAUCGUGUCGCGAUUGCUAACGGACUGCAAAAGAAUAUUCUUGUGAAAAACACCAGUAAUGAGGAUCUGGUUCAAGAGCUAUCCUCUAUUGAGAGCUCCUACUCAGAAUCAUUAAGUGAGAUCAAGGGCAGCGCUGAAAUCAAGGAGCACUCUUCACACGCAAUGCCGGUGAGACGCAAUAGAAAGAGCUUGAGCAGCCUAGCUCCCUCUGAGGGAAGCUCCGAUGGGGAGCGCACGUUACAUAGCCUGAAACUAGGAGCCUUACGCAAAUUGAGGAAAUGGAAAAAGAGCCAAGAAUUCCUCUCCUCUGAUUCAGAGUUGAGCACAAUGAAAAAAACAUGGGGACUCCGAAGCAAAUCUUUAGACAGAACUGCCCGUCCCCAGAAAACAAACACCCUUGAACCUGGGUUUAGUUCAUCUGGCUGCAUUAGCCAAACCCAUGAUGUUAUGGAAAUGAUAUUUAAGGAACUUCAGGGAAUAAGCCAGAUUGAAACAGAACUUUCCGAAUUAAGAGGCCAUGUCAAUGCUCUCAAACACUCCAUAGAUGAGAUCUCUAGUAGUGUAGAGGUUGUCCAAAGCGAAAUAGAACAGCUACGUACUGGCUUUGUCCAGUCUCGAAGGGAAACCAGAGACAUUCAUGAUUAUAUUAAACAGAUAAGUCAUACCGGAAGCAAAGCAAGUCUGAGAUUUUUAAAUGUGCCCGAAGAAAGAUUUGAAUAUGUUGAAAAUGUUGUAUAUCGGAUUCUCAUAGAUAAAAUGGGGUUUUCAGAUGCACCCCAUGCUAUAAAAAUAGAAUUUGCUCAAAGAAUAGGGCAGCAAAGGGACUGUCCAAAUGCGAAGCCUCGCCCCAUACUUGUAUACUUUGAAACACCUCAACAGAGGGAUUUCAUAUUGAAAAAGUCUUAUAAACUUAAAGGAACAGGCAUUGGAGUGUCAACAGAUAUUCUAACUCAUGACAUCAGAGAAAGAAAAGACAGAGGAAUGCCAACCUCCCAAACCUAUGAGAGUAUGGACAUUAAGCUCUCUACUCUUGAGCCUAAAAUCAAAAGGAGCAGUUGGCAGUCACCAGAUGAUAGUGAUAAAGAUCUGGAUUCUGAUCUUAAUAAAAACAGCUAUGCUGUGAUAUCAAAGUCAGAGUUUCAAACCAAAGCAAGUGGUCCAAAGUCAAAUGCAAAAUCUCAUAAUGCUAGAAGUAGGAAUAAAACUGCGGAUAGCGGCAAAUUUUCAAGUAAAUCAGACUAUGAUGAACAAGCUACACAGUUUCCCGAAUCUGAUACCAUGGAGAAGGAAUCCAAAGCUUAUUAUGCUGAGAUGGCUCCCCUCUGGCAUUCACAAAGUGAUUUUCUCACACCAAAACUGAGCCAUUCUGAAUCUGAUUUUUCCAAACUGUGUCAAUCUUAUUCAGAGGAUUUUUCAGAGAAUCAAUUUUUCACCAGGACAAAUGGAAGUUCUCUCUUAUCUUCUUCAGACAGAGAACUUUGGCAGAGGAGACAGGAUGGCACCAACUGGUAUAGCAGCUCCCAGGACCAGAACUUUAACAGGAGUAUUCAAAAUGACCAAGGUCCCAAUGAAAUAGAGAACACUGAAACCGUGGACAGUGGUGUCAGUAAUGGAGUAGUGUGUGUAUCAGGAGACAGAAGCAAUUACAGUGAUUCCCAGCUCUCUUUACGAGAUGAUCUCUCACCAUGGAAAGAAUGGAAUCAGUCAGGACAAGGUGCAGAUUUGGGCCUUGAUUCAUCUACACAGGAAGGUUUUGACUAUGACACCAACAGCCUGUCAGACCCACAGCUGGAUGGUGACAACAAAGAUCUGGAUGACCUAGGAAAGUGCCACAGUGACCUUCCAGAUGACUCAGAGAGCUAUGAUUUUACGUUAGAUGACAAUUCUUCCCCAUGCCCAGGGUUGGAUAAUGACACACAAGGCCAAUGGGUUGGCCCAUAUGAUGUUUAUCCGGCAGCCAAUUCUAAUGAACUUUACCAAAAUCAAAAUCAACUGCCAAUGCUGUAUCGGAGCCAGAGUGAGUUACCAAGUGAUGCUUCAGAGGAUGCUGCACCCAAGUCUUGGCACAGCAGAUUGAGCAUAGAUCUUUCUGAUAAGACAUUUAGCUUCCCAAAGUUUGGAUCGACCCUUCAGCGAGCUAAAUCAGCUUUGGAAGUUGUGUGGAAUAAAAGCACUCAGAGCCUGAGUGGAUAUGAGGACAGUGGGUCAUCCUUAAUGGGGCGAUUUAGAACUUUAUCCCAGUCUACUGCAAAUGAGUCAAGUACCACCCUUGAUUCUGAUGUCUACACUGAACCAUAUUACUACAAAGCAGAGGAUGAGGAAGACUACAGUGAGCCUGGAACUGAACAUGAAACAGAUUAUGUAGAAGUGAUGGAGCAAGUUCUUGCUAAACUAGAGAAUAGAACUAGCAUUCCUGAAAUGGAUGAUAAUGUCCAGGAGUAUGAACACCCUUCAUAUGAAACACCUUAUGAAACACCACAAGAUGAGGGGUAUGAUGGGCAAGUAGAUGACCUGAUGAGUGAAGAGGGAUUGGAACCUUUAAAUGGAACAAUAACUGAAGUGGAAGUAAGGGAAGAUGAAAACCAGAAUGUCCCUGAAAAGCCUCCAGAAGUACCAAAACCCAAGAGGAUUCGUCCCUCCUUUAAAGAAGCUGCCUUAAGAGCAUACAGGAAGCAAAUGGCAGAGCUGGAGGAGAAGAUUCUAGCUGGAGAUAGCAGUUCUGUGGAUGAAAAGGCUCGAAUAGUAAGUGGGAGUGGUCUGGAUGUUUCCCAGUUCAGUGCGCUCCAAGCAUUUGGGGCUGGCAGGGGACUCUAUGGUAUUGACAGCAUGCCUGACCUUCGCAGAAAAAAAACCUUGCCCAUUGUACGAGAUGUGGCCAUGACAUUAGCUGCCCGAAAAUCUGGAAUCUCCCUGGCCAUGGUUAUUCGGACAUCUCUGAACAAUGAGGAAUUGAAGAUGCAUGUCUUCAAAAAGACUCUACAAGCAUUGAUCUACCCAAUGUCAUCUACCACCCCUCACAAUUUUGAGGUGUGGACAGCUACCACCCCAACCUACUGCUAUGAAUGUGAAGGUCUUCUGUGGGGGAUAGCAAGACAAGGCAUGAAGUGCAUGGAGUGCGGUGUCAAAUGUCAUGAAAAGUGUCAGGACCUUCUAAAUGCUGACUGUUUGCAGAGAGCUGCAGAGAAGAGUUCCAAGCAUGGUGCUGAAGAUAAGACUCAGACAAUCAUUACAGCCAUGAAGGAACGGAUGAAAAUAAGAGAGAGAAAUAGACCAGAGGUAUUUGAAGUGAUUCAGGAAAUGUUCCAAGUUUCCAAAGAAGACUUUGUACAAUAUACAAAGGCUGCCAAACAGAGUGUGUUGGAUGGGACAUCUAAGUGGUCAGCAAAAAUAACCAUCACAGUGGUUUCUGCCCAAGGCUUACAGGCUAAGGACAAAACAGGAUCAAGUGAUCCAUAUGUUACAGUUCAAGUUGGAAAGAACAAGAGAAGAACCAAAACUAUUUUUGGAAACUUAAAUCCAGUCUGGGAUGAAAAGUUUUAUUUUGAAUGCCAUAACUCUACCGACCGAAUCAAAGUCAGAGUAUGGGAUGAAGAUGAUGACAUUAAAUCAAGAGUCAAGCAACAUUUCAAAAAGGAAUCAGAUGAUUUUUUGGGACAAACAAUUGUUGAAGUAAGGACACUGAGUGGAGAAAUGGAUGUCUGGUACAACCUAGAGAAAAGGACAGAUAAAUCAGCUGUAUCUGGUGCCAUUAGGUUGAAAAUCAAUGUUGAAAUAAAAGGAGAGGAGAAGGUUGCACCAUAUCAUAUACAGUACACAUGUUUGCAUGAGAACCUGUUCCAUUACUUGACUGAAGUUAAAUUUAAUGGUGGAGUGAAAAUCCCAGAAGUCAAAGGAGACGAAGCCUGGAAGGUUUUCUUUGAUGAUGCAUCCCAAGAAAUAGUAGAUGAAUUUGCAAUGCGUUAUGGAAUUGAGUCUAUUUAUCAAGCAAUGACGCAUUUUUCGUGUCUGUCUUCCAAGUACAUGUGUCCUGGUGUCCCAGCAGUGAUGAGUACCUUAUUGGCAAACAUAAAUGCUUUUUACGCCCACCCAACAGUCUCAACUAAUGUGCAGGUGUCUGCCUCGGAUCGGUUUGCUGCUACCAAUUUUGGCAGAGAAAAGUUCAUAAAACUACUGGAUCAGUUGCACAACUCUUUGAGGAUUGAUUUGUCAAAGUACAGGGACAACUUUCCUGCUAGCAAUUCAGAGAGACUUCAAGAUCUGAAAUCAACUGUUGACCUGCUAACAAGCAUCACCUUUUUUCGAAUGAAGGUUUUAGAACUCCAAAGUCCACCAAGAGCCAGCACUGUUGUAAAGGACUGUGUCAGGGCUUGUUUAGACUCCACAUACAAGUAUAUUUUUGACAACUGCCAUGAACUCUACACACAGCUAAUAGAUCCGAGUAAGAAACAGGACAUUCCUCGAGAAGAUCAGGGUCCAACCACCAAGAAUUUGGAUUUUUGGCCCCAGCUCAUCACUCUGAUGGUCACAAUUAUUGAUGAGGAUAAAACUGCAUACACACCUGUCCUGAAUCAGUUCCCUCAAGAACUGAACAUGGGAAAAAUUAGUGCUGAGAUCAUGUGGACCCUCUUUGCACUGGAUAUUAAGUAUGCACUGGAAGAACAUGAAAAGCAGCGGUUAUGCAAGAGUACCGAUUAUAUGAAUUUGCAUUUCAAAGUAAAAUGGUUUUAUAAUGAAUAUGUGCGAGAGCUCUCAGCCUUCAAAGAUGCUGUUCCUGAAUACUCUUUAUGGUUUGAGCCUUUUGUCAUUCAGUGGCUCGAUGAAAAUGAAGAUGUGUCCAUGGAGUUUCUUCAUGGUGCGCUAGGAAGAGACAAAAAAGACGGAUUCCAGCAGACUUCAGACCAUGCCCUCUUCUCUUGCUCUGUGGUAGAUGUCUUUGCACAGCUUAACCAAAGCUUUGAGAUUAUCAAGAAAUUGGAGUGCCCUAAUCCUGAAGCAUUAUCCCAUUUAAUGAGAAGAUUUGCAAAGACCAUCAGUAAAGUUCUACUCCAGUAUGCUGCAAUUGUCUGCAACGACUUCAGUUCUUACUGUGAUAAAGAAAAUGUGCCCUGUAUUUUGAUGAACAACAUCCAACAGUUGCGAGUCCAGCUGGAAAAAAUGUUUGAAUCCAUGGGAGGGAAAGAGCUAGAUCCUGAAGCUAGUAGUGUUCUCAAAGAACUUCAGGUAAAACUCAGUGGGGUCCUGGAUGAACUCAGCGUAAUCUACGGUGAAAGUUUCCAGCUCAUAAUUGAAGAGUGCGUGAAGCAGAUGAGUUUAGAAUUGAAUCAGAUGAAAGGAAAUGGAAAUACCACCUCCAACAAGAACAAUGCAGCUAUGGAUGCAGAAAUUGUACUAAGACCUCUUAUGGACUUCUUGGACAAAACUUUAAGUCUCUCUGCGAAAAUCUGUGAAAAGACAGUGCUGAAGCGGGUUUUGAAAGAGCUGUGGAAGCUCGUCCUCAACAAAAUAGAAAAGCAGAUUGUCCUUCCUCCUUUGACAGAUCAAACAGGACCCCAAAUGAUUUUCAGUGCAGCUAAGGAUCUUGGACAGUUAUCUAAACUGAAGGAUCACAUGAUUCGAGAGGAAGCCAAGGGUCUGACCCUAAGACAGUGUGCUGUCAUGGAAGUAGUCUUGGCCACAAUUAAGCAAUACUUUCAUGCUGGAGGAAAUGGUCUGAAAAAGCACUUUUUGGAGAAGAGCCCUGAUCUUCAGUCUCUUAGAUAUGCUCUCAGUCUUUACACCCAAACUACUGAUGCCCUGAUAAAGAAAUUCAUAGACACUCAAACCUCUCAGAAUCGCUCCCAGAAUGAUUCAGUGGGACAGAUAUCCGUUCAUGUGGAUAUCUCAACCAUUCCAGGAACUGGGGAGCACAAAGUGACUGUAAAAGUCAUUGCCAUCAAUGACCUACACUGGCAAACCACAGCAAUGUUUCGCCCUUUUGUGGAGGUUUUUAUCCUGGGACCCAACCUCGGUGACAAGAAAAGGAAACAAGGCACCAAGACCAAAAGCAACACCUGGUCGCCCAAGUACAAUGAAACUUUCCAGUUCAUCCUGAGUAAUGAAAACCGCCCAGAGGCCUAUGAGCUUCACCUCUCAGUUAAAGAUUACUGCUUUGCGCGGGAAGAUAGAGUUAUAGGAAUGACAGUGAUUCAACUCCAGAAUAUAGUGGAGAAGGGGAGCUCUGGGGCAUGGUAUCCACUAUUGAAAAACAUCUUUAUGGAUGACACUGGCUUGACAAUCCUUAGGAUACUUUCUCAAAGGACCAAUGAUGAUGUGGCUAAGGAAUUUGUAAGACUGAAAUAUGACACAAGAUCCGCAGAAGAGAUUGCCUGAAACCAAUAUUGCAAGGUAGCAUCUUCAAGAACCUAAAUAAGCUAUUGUUGUUUGACUAGUGCAUGUGUGUGCAAAUCAGUGGGAAUGCAUAAUCAACUAUGUUUCAGUGUUUAUCAGCACUCUGGUGAGUGGAAGACCUGUGUGACUUUUGAUGCCUAUUGGGAUUUGGAAAGUUAGUAGUUCCAUGAAGUGCCAUAAUGAAGAUUAAAGACGCAUUAUCAAGAGUAUCUUUUCAGAUGUCAAUUUCAUUUCAUGAUCAAACUUCCAUCUCCUCAACUCAUUCAUAAAUUAUUUGUGCUUUCCCAUUUGUUCAUUAAUAGUUUUCCUUAAAUUACUGUUAUAUGUCAUUUAACAAGUUAACUGCCUAUCUGUGCAUUAGAAAGUAUUUUGUAUUCGUAGCUUUUUUAUGUUACUUCACCAUCAUUUUUAGAUGUCUGACCAAUAACUUUUUCUACCAUAGCUAGAAAUGCAGUUACUUCUAGAAAGUGUUUGUAAUUUUAUAAUUACUGAUGUAAUGUGAUGAUUUUUGCAUACAAAUGAAAAUAGAAAUGGUGGGAAAUAUUUUAUGCUGACCACUUUCCAACCUUUCUGAACUAUCACUGUGAAGAAACGCUAUUAAAGCAAUCUUAUACAAAGCAAUGCUCACUAGUUUGUUUAAAAAAAAAGUUUGAUAUAGUGAAAGAGCCUUUGUUCUUCAAAACUGCCAAGGUCAUGUCACAUUUGUACAAGAAGGUAAGUUAAUGUAUUUGCUCUGUGGCAUAAUGCUUUUACCAAAAUCCUUUUUUUUUUAGAAAGUGAUGUAGUCAGGGUAAAUGAUUUAGAAGUAGGAAGGCAAAUUUGUUUCUCUAAGUCAUCUAUUACGUGUAAUGAUACUGUUAGUGUUUUCCUUCUGACAGUUAUAAAGAUCAUUUUGCAUACUUAGCUGUAUAAUCAGUUGUCUUUUUUCUUUAAAAAAUAUUCAGCAGUUUGUACUGAAUGCAACAUGACUAUGUAAUGCACUGAAGCAAAAAAAAUUGUCUUCAUAUAUUUAGUGAAAAAAAUGUAAAAUAAAGUCUGACGAAACUGCUUUCAGUUUUGUAAUUUAUGUUACUUAUGUACCCACAAAAUACCAAGUAUACUAUCUAACUUGAAAGAGAGAGAAGAUGGAAGUGCUUGAAAAUAUUUUCUAUUCAAAAACCAACCUGACUGUAAGAUUGACUGAAUGAUACUUCCAUACAUCUGUAAUGUUCUUACCAAAUUUAUGGUUUGUUUUUCUUAAUAUAAACUAUCGACAUUUUCAUCUUCUAUAUUCCUAUGGUCCCACUUUCCCAGGUGAAUAGCUACACUCAGGUAUACAACAGUACUUUCCAAAUGCAGUGAAUGAAUGAAUCACUUGUAGUAGGCUAUCUAUAUGAUGAAUUCAACACUACUGAUCCUCCAAACCUGACUGAGACUGGUUUUGCUGAUCAAUUAGAUCAAAUAUUGGGGGUAUGAUAGUUCUCACAAUUUUUGUUGCCCUAUAUAGUGAAAAUAUUUUAUUAUACAAAAUAAUGGGAAAGAAAACCUCUGUGGCAUGGUAUCAUCAUAUAUGGAAAACAAUGUCUUUAUGCAUAAAACUGGCUUGACAAGCCUUAGAUUGUUUUCUUAAAGCAUAGUCAGUGUUGCAUCUUGUCGGGCAAUUGCUGGAUCAGUGAUUGCUUAUAAUGCAUGGCAUAAACACAAUAUUUUAGCACAUGCAUUAAAAAAUACUUGUAUAUGGAAAACUUACAACCUUUUAUAGGACUUCCUGCCUCCCUCUUUCACUGAUAGAGCAUCAUUUCCUUGUUUAGAAAUGAAAAACUCAGGUUCUUUUGACUCUAAUUACCAAUGAAAUAUGUUUGUGAAGUUCAAAAAUAAUGUUAUGUCUGGAAAACAUUUUUCUACAUAAUUGUAGUUACAGAAAUGACUGAAGACAAGAAGCAACAUAAUUUUUUAAACAAUUGCAUUGCUCAGAAUAUUUACAUUGAUGCUUCAUUGAAUAUAGUUGUUUGCCCCACUAAAGAAACCUGAUACACAAAAGUGAGAACUUGCAAAAUAAAUUAUGGGGUAAUUUUUACUAUACUUAAGGAUUUGCUAUAUGAUUUCCUAUAGCAAGAACGCUUGGGACAUUUAAGAGGCAAUGUAGUAUUGUGGAUAGAGUAUCAGACAAGUUAUGCUGGUCUUUACUAGCUGUGUGAAGGCGUUAGUAAGAUGCCUCAACCCUCUGAGCCUCAAUUCUUUAUCUGUAAGAUGUAAGACUUGUACUGACUACCUCACAGGAAAAUGCUUUGUAAAGCUUUAAAGGGUUAUAGAAAUGUGAGUCAUCUGAAACAUGGUUCCAUUUCUAAAGUUUUGACGUACGCUUUUCAGAAAUACAUCCAUAAACAAAUUCAUGUGCCACUCUUAACAAUAAAAGGAAAGCAAAUCAG